AUGUCUUCCACCGUGUUCGGGAAACGCCAACGCCAACAACUAAAAGCGACGAACGUUGCUUGCCAUCCUGUAAGUCGCCUUUUCUUUAUCACGAACAAGUUUUCUAACCAACGCUUCCUCAUCGACACUGAGGCAGAAGUUAGCGUUGUUCCACCAACUCGACAUGAACGUAAAAACAGGCGACAUGAUUAUAACUUAAACGCGGCUAACAAUUCAUUGAUUGCAACAUACGGACACCGUUCAAUUACUCUUGAUCUGGGAUUACGUCGCAAGUCUUCAUGGAUUUUUGUGAUUGCAGAUGUGUCGCACCCCAUUAUAGGCGCCGAUUUUCUACGACAUUUUGUACUCCUUGACGACAUGACUCACCAUCGACUAGUGGACACAACAACCAAUUUAAGUAUUCAGGGUAUACUUUCGAAAUGCCCACCACUCAAACUUAUGUUCAACACAGUCGUGGGUAAGUCCAACUUUGAUAACAUUCUUCCAGAGUUUCCUUCAAUAACACGCCCAUGUUAUCAGGAGGCUUCUCUGAAACAUGAUGUAACACACCACUUUACAACCAACGGCCCUCCAAUAUCUGCAACAACCCCGUCGCCUUGCGCCCGACCGUUGCAAGAUCGCACAGUAUGA